AUGUUUUCAGAUCCUUGCCUUGUAAAAUAUUGUCCCAAAGGUAUGGAAUGCAUCGUAACCGAAGAUGAAAAAGCCGAAUGCAUUUGUCAAAAAAGAUGUCCUCGAUUUAAAAAGUUAAUUUGCGGUAGCGAUGGUGUUAUUUAUAACAAUUAUUGUCAUCUUCAUAGAAGAGCCUGUUUGGAAAAAAAAAAUAUUUACGUUAAUCAUUUUUUCAAUUGCACUCAAAUUCAUAAACAUAAAAAAAAUGAUAAAAUUAAAAUGAAAGAAUAUUUACGGAAGGAAGAAUUUUUUUGGAAUAAAAAUAAUAAAACAAAUUCCAAUUACGCGUAUAAUGAUGUUUACAAUUCAAAAAACUUGUGCACUCCACAAGAUCAUGAAAUCAUGAAGGAUAAUCUUCUGGCGUAUAAUCACGCUCAAUUGUUGGCAAAAGACAAGAAAAGUUCUGGAAAAGAAUAUUUGAUGAGUAUAAUGUUCAGUCACUAUGAUCAAAAUAACGAUGGGGCCUUAGAAAGAGAAGAAUUGGAACAAAUUAGUAAAAAAGAAAACUUGCAUUUGUCGUCAAAUGGAUGCAGUUUAGAAAAUAUGCUAGGAUAUGAUGAUACCGAUAAAAAUGGUCGUUUGGACAUAAAUGAAUUUUAUUUUGCAUUCAGUGUGUCCGUCAUCUCUUUGGACAAAUCAUUAGAAACGAAUCACGUCACCGCAAGAGUAGGUGAUAACGUAGAAAUAAAAUGUGACGUUACAGGUUCUCCUCCACCACCGAUUGUAUGGCAGAGAAAUACAGCUGAUUUGUCUGUUUUAAACGAAGAAGAAGUUAAGGUUUUCAGUGACGGAUCAUUGUACCUUACAAAAAUACAACUUAUACAUGCUGGAAAUUAUACCUGUCACGCUCAAAGAAACAAAGAUGUUAUGCAAACUCAUGUAUUAAGCGUUCAUACUGUUCCCGAAGUAAAAGUAACACCGAAAAUUCAAUCGAAACAACCUGGAGAAAUAUCCUCCAUGUUCUGUCAUGUUGUUGGUGAACCUUUUCCGAGUGUCGAGUGGUUGAAAAAUGACGAACAAUUGAAAUCGGAAAUACCGUUGAAAUAUGAAGUUUUAGGCAACGGAACAGAAUUAAAAAUCAACGACAUCGGAUAUGCGGAUACUGGAGCAUACAUGUGUCAGGCGACCAACAUUGGAGGAGUUACCAGAGACAUAUCAUCGUUGAUUGUGCAAGAUGAACUCACUCAAGGUGCUCCAAAUGAAGAAAAAAGAUUUUUUUCAUUUCACGAUUGGGGCAUAUCGGUCCACGAACCAAAAGCUUGCAGGCUCUAUCAUCAAAUAUUAUCCACCGACAUUAUUCCAGGCACUCAAGAAUACGUUUGCGGUAAAAAGAAUAUUAAAUGCAGCUGGGGUUACGCUUUGAAUAUUGCUAACCGAUACAUUUAUGUGGCGCAACCGAAUAAAGAUCGUAUAUUAAUUAUAAGUAAAAUUCAAAUGGUUGUGGUCGAUGUCGUAAUAACGGAUAAAUAUCCAGUAGAACUAUUUUACGUUGCUCAUUUAGAUCAAGUUUGGUUACUAAACUGGAGAAGUGAAAAAAAUAUCGGUAUUAAAACCAUUCAAGUCAUACGAGAUGCUUCCCAAAAGAAAAAACAUCAUACGGUUCAUCCGGAGCCGAUAGACGGACAGUUUGAUUUAGUUCGAGGACUUUUCAUUCCAGACAUUCAGGAUCUGAAUCAUAAUUUUAAAUACGGUUACGUCACUCAUUCAAAUCAAAAAGGUUUAUACAAACUUGAUUUGGCCAACAUGCGUUAUGUUAAAAAUGUAGACUUGUCAGCGAAUAAUUGCGUUCCAAGACACGUCCAGUUCUCGGCCCUUUACGGCUACGUAAUUAUAGAAUGCGAAGAAUUGUCAACCGGACAUCCUUCCGGACAAAUUUUAUUGGAUUAUUUAACCGAUAGUAUAAUAAGUCAAAAAACAGGAUUGUUUGGAAAACCUCACGUGUCACCAGACAGUCGAAUCACAGUAACACUAGACAGAGAAAAAGAUGGGGUUACUCUCGUAGUUCAGCAAAUAAUAACUACUGGCCUUAAAUUUCUUUUUGACGUGAAAACAACAUUAAAUGUAAGUGCGAUUACAUUUUAUCCGUCGCAAACAACUCACGGCUACGAUUUAUACGCCAGUGCAACAGACAAAGAAGAUAUUUUAUUUCUUAAUUUAGUCACAGGUAAAGUCGAAAUGAUAACUGGAGUCGGAAAAGCAAUGAAUUAUAAUUUAGCAGAAUGGGAUUUUCCAAAUAGACUUAUUGUGGCUUCCGGAGUUUUUGGACAUUUUAUGGUGACUCCAGCCAGCGAGGCCUUAUUUGUGAUCAAUGGAGGAACUCGGACGGUUAAUUGCGAAAUCGGAGGAGUCGUACACGCUCGUGCAGUAGUUUGGGUAACGAUGCAGCUUCAGUGA